AUGAAGCCCAUUCCCUCUCCCACAACCCUGCGGUACCUCCGGCAGCUCGUCCGGUCAACCGGCAGCAGCAACAACGGCAGCGUAGCCCUCCCAGCAGCCCAUCCCUUUCUCACCGCCCACAGGCAACACCGACACUUCCACCGGUCUCGCCCCUUACUCCGCACGGAAACGCACACCCUCUCUGACAUUGGCGAGGGUGUGAAGGAAGUGCAGAUCAUCCAAUGGUUCGUCGAAGAGGGCGCGCAAGUGGAAGAAUGGGACGCGUUGUGCGAGGUACAGAGCGACAAGGCCGCGGUAGAGAUCACGAGCAAGUACUCGGGAACAAUCAAGAAGCUGCAUUUCAAGAGGGACGCGAUUGUGCAAGUCGGGGAUGGGAUGGUUGAUAUUGAGGUCGAGGGUGAGGACAGCGAAGACGCUGGAAGCACGGAGGCGGAGCAACAGGUUGCGGAGGGCGAACAGGCUGCAGAGGGUUCAGUGCACCCGGAGGCCGACGCAGGAGCUGGAAAAGCGGAACAGAAAAGUGAGGCAAGGCAGGAUUCAUUACCGCCUGAUCCAGAGCCAGCAGCGGAACAUCCUCAGGAAAGGGGCAAGCAUGCGUCCCUCGCAACGCCGGCCGUCCGAGGCAUGCUCAAGGAGCACGAUUUGAAGAUCGAGUCCAUUAAUGGCACCGGCAAAGACGGCCGCGUGCUAAAAGAGGACGUCCUCAAUUAUCUCAACAAGAAGCCUUCGGCCUCUGCCUCUCCACAGACCACCCAGUCGACCACUUCUAGCAGCGCCGGCAAACAAACCGAAACAGCCCAGUCCCUGACCCCAAUACAAAACGCCAUGUUCAAAUCCAUGACUGCAUCCCUCUCAAUUCCCCACUUCCUCUACACCGACAGCAUCAACAUCACCGCCCUCUCCGCCCUCCGGACCCGCCUCAACGCCACCUCUGCGCCCGAAACCAAACUAAGCUACCUCCCCUUCAUCAUCAAAGCCAUCUCCCUCGCCCUACGGCACUACCCAAUCCUCAACGCCCGCCUCGACACCAACGACCCGAAACCCCAACUCCAAAUCCGUUCCCAACAAAACAUUGGCGUAGCAUGGACACACCCUCCGGCUUACUCCACUAAGGCCCGCGCCAACAAGCUCUCCACCGCGGACCUCAGCGGCGGGACCAUCACAGUAAGCAACAUCGGGUCGAUCGGCGGCGGAGAAGUCGUCGCCCCUGUGCUCGUCCCAGGUCAACUCGCGAUCUGUGGCAUCGGUAAAGUGAAAGACGUGCCCGUGUUUAAUGAAAAGGGAAAUGUAGUCAAGGCGAAGAUGGUGCAGCUGAGCUGGAGCGCGGAUCAUCGGGUUGUAGAUGGCGCCACGAUGGCGAGGGCGGCGGAGUUAGUCAAGUCCUUCUUGGAAGAGCCGGGAAGAAUGGUUGUUGAGCUCGUGUGA